GGUUUUUUGCAAAGAUCCAACAAUUGGAAAUAUUUAUAAAUAAUCUAUAAGUCUCUGAAGUCAUUAUAAUUCGGAUAAUAUGGUCGGAAUUGGUGUAAAAAAUGGCAGAUUUCAGAGUGAUUUUGUGUCUUAGAUUCCAAUUUGUUAUCCUUAAUUGUGGAUCAGACUUUAUUCUCUCUUAUCAACUCAUGUUCCACUCAUUAUCUCGAGAUUAGUGAACAUUUGUGAACUUGAUUGAUAAGUAAAUUUAUUCGGAAUUCCCAGAGAUUGCAAUCGUCACGCAUAAAUUACGUUUUAUCAUGGGAUUCAAAGCACACACUCUUUCUCUCUAGUGGCUUCACCAGAUAAGACAAAGAGUUUAUCAAUAUUCCAUAGUCUGUUUUGUACAAUUUACCACCUAAUAAUUAUCGAUCUUCCGUUUUUGAAUAGGAAUUCAGCGUAUAAAAGACCUAAUCUUGAUGCUCAAGCACUCAGUCAAUUCCAAUUCACACAAUUGAACACAAUGAAGUUGAUCUUUGUGCUUUGCGCCGUUAUCCUCGUGCAGUAUGCCACAGCCAAGUCCGCCCUGAACGACGAGGAGGACGAGAGAUGGGCGUGCGUGGAGGGAGUCUUCCGCGAACUCGAGGCCGAUCCGGAGAGACUCGGCCACCUGGCGCUGGAGUUCUUCAACAUGGUGUCGGAGUCGAGAGCGGGCAGACAGAGAUGCUACGACAUGCUGAGCGAUCCGCCAACUGAGCUGGAGAGACGCCGUCAUGAGGCCUGCAUGAUUGCCUGGCGAGCGACGCUCCUGCGCGACGUCAACAGGUUGCGACGCGCCGCUCAGGACAGCGACGUUCAGGAGACCUUCGAGCAGCUGCAGCGAGACAUCAUGGACUGCCUGGACGCGACUUCGGACGAGAUAAUCGACUAAGACAAUAA